UAUAUAAUAUAUGAGUUUCACAUUUUGAACUGAAUCAUUACUAAAAUGAAAUUACUUUUCAAUUAUAUAAAAAAAUUAUAUGCACUGGUAUGCAACAACGGAAUGUGUACAUCAAAAAGACAUAAUUACUGCAAAUACUGGUGUGCAUUAGUAGAGCUUAAUUAAUCAGAUACUUUGUUUUUCAUUUGUGACAUUUAUACAGUAGUCCAGGUGGGGCGCUAUUUUUUAACUGUAGACAUGAAACCCCAUCAAAUCGGAGUAGAAGAAGAUCCUGUUCAGCGGUUCACAGCUUCCUCCAGAUCCUCCUGAUUCAGCUCCUCUCCACCCGGUUCCCCGAGAGCUGCUCUCCGUACCGAGCUGCUCUAAACCCGGUUCCGCGCUUCUACCGAGCCGCUGGAGGAAGAGGAGCUGCUGAAGGUACAGAGCUGUUUACACUCUGUUUACACCGCCUUCACUACACCCUGCAGCAGCAUCAGCACUUCUUCUAAAAUGAUUUCCUCUUCACAAUCUCCAGAAAAACCUCUGGUCUGCUGAAAUUGUUGAUUAAAUGUGAUAAAAUGGAAUCUCAGGUGGACAAUUAUCUAAAGGAACCUAUCAAAAAGGAAAGCACUUUUAGCUGUUUGGAGUGUGGGAAAAGCUUCAUUCAGAGACAUUCACUCAAAAUACACCAACGAGUUCACACUGGACAAAAACUGUUUCGCUGUUCAAAGUGUGGGAGAAGUUUUAAUAAAAGACGUAACCUUCUUCGACACCAACUAAUUCACACUGAAGAAAAAACGUAUCAGUCUUUGGACUAUGAUAGUGAUUUCACUCAGCAAAGUUCACUUGAAAUACACCAACAGAUUCACACAGGAAAGAAAGUGUUUCAAUGUUCUUCGUGUGGGAGGACUUUUAAUAAACGGUGUAACCUCCAACGACACCAAAUAAUUCAUACUGGAGAGAAACCGCACGAGUGUUCAGAUUGUGGAAAAAGAUUUGCUCAGCUUGGUCAUCUUCAAGUGCAUCAGCGUAUUCACUCUGGAGAGAAACCGUAUCACUGCUCAGAAUGUGGGGAAAGUUUUAAUCGACAUGGUCAUCUGCAUCGGCACAAACUCCUUCACACUGGAGAAAAACCGUAUGAGUGCUCAGAGUGCGGGAGGAGUUUUAGACACAGAGGUAGCCUCCAAAUACACCAACGCACUCACACAGGAGAGAAACCAUAUCACUGCUCAGAGUGUGGAAAAAGAUUUGCUCAGCUGGGUUAUCUCCAAAAACACCAGCGCAUUCACACUGGAGAGAAACCGUAUUACUGCUCAGAGUGUGGAAAGAACUUUAAUGGAAUAAGAAGUCUCCAAACCCAUCAGCGCAUUCACACUGGAGAGAAACCUUAUUACUGCUCGGACUGUGGGAAAAGCUUUAACGGAAUAAGUAAUCUCCAAACCCACCAACGCAUUCACACUGGAGAAAAACCAUAUUACUGUGCAGUGUGUGGGAAGAAUUUUAAUAAACAAAAUGCUUUGAAAAUACACCAGCGUGUUCACACUGGAGAGAGACCGUAUAAAUGCUCAGAGUGUGGUGACAGUUUUUUUCGACAGAGUAACCUACAACAACACCAACUCAUUCAUACUGGGGAGAAACCGUAUGAGUGUUCAGAGUGUGGGAGGAGUUUUAGACAUAAAAGCACCCUUCAAAGACAUCAGAGCAUUCACACUGAAGACAGACCCUAUGAGUGCUCAGAAUGUGGGAGAAAAUUUAAAGACAUUAGUACGUUUCGAAAACACCAGCGUAUUCACACUGGAGAGAAACCAUAUUACUGUUCAAAGUGUGAACAGCACUUCAGAUAUUCAAGAACUUUAACGAAACACAAGUGCAUUAAGAGAGAGUUGAACAUUCAAGAUAUGAGUUUAUGAUUUUCAGAAAGUGUGUCAUACAAUGUAAUCUGGUAUGCUUUGAAUCUUAAGCAGUUAAUUUUCACCUUCUCAUUGUCCUGUAAUAAUACUCUACUGUCUCAGAUGUCUAUGUAAACAAGGUCCAAAAACUUCUAGUUCAACCCAGUUUGUCACUGAGGUGGUGGGACACCCACCAGAACCCAUGCUUCUAAAUAAAAACAGGACUCUUUAAAAAACUAAAGUUCUCCAGCAUUAAGUUUCCGUUCAGAAUUCAUAUUUGUUUUCUGUGUCAUUUUGGAUCCCCUUAGCUUUCUAACCAAGGUGGCUUAGUUAGUUAGAGCCAAAUUUAAACUGUUUCUUACAGAGGCCUAUAAUUAUGGAGUUCAUAUUUGCAACUGUAUGACUAUGGUAUGCCAAUGUAUGAAGGGGAAGACUUACUUUUGUUUGACUGUCGUUUUAUUCAUUUUUUGUAUGCAAAUAUGGAAACAAUUUUAGCUCUUCAGUGCAAAAUAAAUAAACCAAGGUGGAGUUGUAAAGUGCUUUA